AUGGUGUGCAUGAUUCCCAAUGCUAAAUGCAGCAUAAGUGAACCUCUGCCUUUUCUUCACCAGAACUAUGAACCUGGAGACUUCAUCGCUGUUGGCAUUUUGUCUAAGAUCUACAUAUUCUAUACAGUGAUGGACUUUAGUGAAGCACCGUCUAGUAAUCUUUUUGAUGAAAUCCUAGUGAUGACACCCAUCUAUCAACAAUUCCUAGCUUUGCAAUUUGCAGUCAAGGAGAUCAAUGAAAACCCCCACAUUUUGCCCAAUCACACCCUGGGCUUCCAUAUUUAUAACAGUUAUUUCACUGCAACAUGGACUUAUCGUGCCUCAUUAGAGCUGUUCUCUACCAAGGAGAGAUUCAUCCCUAACUACAGGUGUGAUAUAAAGAAACGACCAAUAGCUGUCAUCGGAGGACCAACAUCUGCAGUUGGAGCCCACCUGAGCACCAUCCUGUCCCUCUACAAGAUGCCACAGUUCAUCUAUGGCUCAACUCCAGAGAUAAAUGAAAAAACACAGGUGGUUUUAUACCAACAGAUGUUCCCAAAUGUGCAUCACCAAUACAAUGGAAUUCUUCAAUUGAUGCUCCACUUCCAGUGGACUUGGAUAGGUAUGGUCUAUACAAAUUGUGAGAAUGGUGAAAAGUUUGUACAAAAUGUGGUUCCUAUGUUUUCCCUGAGUGGCAUUUGUUUUGCUUUUAUUGAAACUUUGCCAGCAAUUACUUAUUCUAAUAAUAUUUUGGCUUCCGUGGAAGCUGGGAUUGAAACUUUCAAAGUUAUUAUGAGAAGCUCCACUAAUGUAGUGUUAAUCCAUGGCGAAGCUGAAGAUAUGAUUAUUUUGAGGAUCAUUCCCACCAUAUCCCAAGUGGAAGAUAUAGCAUUACUGGCCAAUGUUAAAGUGUGGGUGCUGACAGCUCAGAUGCAUUUCACAUCACUUCCCUUCCAAAGGAAUGACGACCUAGACUUCCUCCAUGGUGCUCUCUCCUUUGCAAUUCACUCAAAGGAGGUGCUGGGAUUCCGGGAGUUUCUUCAGAUGAAAAAGCCUAACAUGAAAAAAGAAGAUGCUAUUAUCAAGCUCUUCUGGAGAAAUGCAUUUGAAUGUUCGUUCUCCAACUCCAUGCUGGAGGAGAAAGAUGCAGGCAUCUGCACUGGUGAAGAAAAACUGGGAAAUCUUCCUUCAUCUGUAUUUGAAAUGGACAUGACUAGCCACAGCUACAGUGUCUACAAUGCAGUCUUUGCAGUGGCCCAUGCUUUGCAUGACAUCCAGGCAUCCAUAUUCAGAUACCAAGCAGGAGAUCAUGAAGCCAAACUAAGCCUGCUGGAACAACGUCUAUGGAAGCUCAACCAAUUUGUAAGGAGGGUGUCUUUCAAUAAUAGUGCAGGGGAAAAAGUUUCCUUCAGUCAGAACGGAGAGUUAGAGGUUGGAUUUGAUAUUAUGAACUGGAUCGUAUUUCCAAACCAGUCUUUUCUGAGAGUCAGAAUUGGAGGGAUCAAUGAAAUGGAUUCUCAACAAAUAACGUUUUCUUCUCCUGAAGAAUCCAUUGUGUGGCCUAGGAGAUUUAAUCAGAGAGCUUUCUGGGAAGCUUCUGAUGGAGAAACAGAGGCCAGGGAUGAUGCACGUGAGUGGCAGCAAGCGGCCACAGAAGAAGUGGGCUGGCAGCAGGAUCCUUCUGGGUGGGGCUGUCAUUACUGCCUCUAUGAGGUCCAGCCACUUUCUCUAUGUAAUAACAAAUGUCGCUCAGGAUACAGUAAAAAAAGGAUAGAAUCAAAGCCAUUUUGCUGCUAUGAUUGCCUUCGAUGUCCUGAUGGGAAGAUUGCUAGCCAGGAAGAUAUGGAUGUCUGCUUUCAUUGUUCAGAAGAUCAGUACCCAAACAACAGCCAAGAUCUGUGUCUCCCAAAAGUGUUAACAUUCUUGAUGUAUGAAGAACUUUUGGGGACCAUUUUAGCCAGCUCUGCUAUUUUCUGUUCUUUCAUUACAGCUGUCAUCUUCUGGAUUUUUAUUAAACAUCAGGAUACUCCUCUAGUCAAAGCCAAUAAUCGGAACUUGACCUAUGUUCUCCUGGUUGCUCUCUUGUUAUCUUUUCUUUGUGCUUUGCUAUUUAUUGGCCAACCAUCCAAGAUGACAUGUGUUCUUCGUCAAACUGCUUUUGGGGUUGUCUUCUCAGUGGCCAUAUCUUGCAUUUUAGCCAAAACUAUCAUUGUGGUUCUGGCUUUUAUGGCCACCAAGCCUGGGACCAAGAUCACCAAGUGGGUGGGGAAAAAACUUGCUAUGUCUGUAGCAUUUGGCUGUUCCUUUGUUCAAGGGAUUAUAUGCACGGUGUGGCUGAUAACAUCUCCCCCGUUCCCUGAUGCUAACAUGAGUUCAAUGGUAGAAGAAAUAGUCCUGGAAUGCAAUGAAGGAUCCACCUACAUGUUCUACUGUGUCUUGGGCUACAUGGGUUUCCUUGCCUUUGUUAGCUUCACACUGGCUUUCCUAGCAAGGAAAUUGCCUGAUGCUUUCAAUGAAGCCAAGUUUAUCACUUUCAGCAUGCUGGUCUUCUGCAGCGUCUGGUUGUCCUUUGUUCCAACAUACCUGAGCACAAAAGGAAAAUACAUGGUUGCUGUGGAGAUUUUCUCUAUCCUAGCCUCCAGUAUUGGAAUAUUGAUUUGCAUCUUUUCCCCCAAAUGUUUUAUCAUUAUAUGGAGAUCUGAUCUAAACAAGAAACAAAAGCUAAGCAUAAAAACACCCACAUAA